CUAACCUCAUUAAACACAAACAAUCUCUGUUAGGCUCUGUUUGGACCAGUACAAAAUAAACAAGCUCAAGAACAACAGAGCCAUCAGCCAUGGCUUCUCUCUUCACCACAUCGAUUCUCUCUGCAAGCCUCUUGAUUGUGCUUAUUGGGUCGUUCUUUAUCGAACCCAUCAACGCGGGUGGAUUUAAUAUAGUCAAGGAGCAGAGAGAAUUUGAUUAUUUUAAGCUCUCUCUCCAAUGGCCUGGCACUGUUUGUCGAAACACUCGACAUUGUUGCGCUUCUAAUGGCUGCUGUCGAGGAUCGAACUCUCCCACAGAAUUCACUAUUCAUGGACUUUGGCCAGACUACAAUGAUGGCACAUGGCCUGCGUGUUGCACCAAAUCAGGUUUUGAUGUGAAAGAGAUCUCAACUUUAAAAGAUGCUUUAGAGAAGUACUGGCCAUCCUACAGUUGCAGUAAAGCAUCGACUUGCAGUGGCAAGAAAGGUUUAUUUUGGGCGCAUGAGUGGGAGAAACAUGGAACUUGCUCCUCUCCUGUUGUUAAAGAUGAAUACAGUUAUUUUAUAACAACCCUCAACGUGUAUUUCAAAUUUAAUGUCACGGAAGUAUUGUAUGAAGCUGGAUAUGUCCCUUCAAAUUCUGAAAAGUAUCCAAUGGGUGGCAUCAUCUCCGCUAUUCAAAAUGCUUUCCAUGCAACUCCGGAGAUUACUUGCUCACAAGGUGCUGUAGAGGAACUCCGACUGUGCUUCUAUAAGGAUUUUAAGCCCCGAGACUGUGCAAUUGGACUUGGCAGCAGUCAUCAUAAUGGCUUGUCUUCUUCGAAAAGCUCUUGCCCAAAAUAUGUGAGCUUGCCGGAGCGUGUAUCAUUAGCUCUAAAAACUGGCGAGGGAGCAGGUUUAAGGCUAACACAGAGCAAAGCCUACUGAGUUGCAUGGCCUGACUGGUGUGUAUUUCAUGAUUUGCUCAGUGGACUAUGGAUGCUAUACAAGACCAUUCAAUAAAAUUUCUUCUGUAUUUGUUUGGAAGAAUCAUGUUUUUUCACUUUCUUAACUUGUGAAAUUUGGACAUGAAAUACAAGAUACAGUACAGGGACAUGCAUAUACAUAUUUGCACUUCUGACUUGUAAUAUAGAUUGUGAACCAAAAGGCUAUUAGCUUAUUGUUUUA